CUAGUGAGGCAGUAGGUGAGCAGCAGUGGCCGAGAACGAACGUACUAAACCAACUGGCAGUGUUUUAUUCAGGUCUUCUUAAGCUAACAAAAAAGAGGAUAUGUGGACGUUUUCAGUGCUCCGCUCUCCUUUUUUUAUGUAGCCAACCAUGGGCACUAUCACGCAGAACUGAAAAAAAAUUUUGAAGAUCAAAGAAAUGCAGACAGUGCUGAAGCAAAAUGUGUUGUUGAUUGCCACCGUUGUAUGGGUUUAUAUGAUGCCAACCACAGUGGCGACGGUGGUUAACGACGCAUUAAAAACCUAAUAGCACCAGAAUUUUAAUCAUGAUUCAUCAAAUGUUCGUCAUUUACAGUUCAGCUGCGAAAUUUUAUGCGAAAAAAAAUUUUAUCCACUGAGGCAGUGACUUAAGUAAAACUGUGGUUCCAAAUACCGUGUUCUUCAAUUGACUGUAUUCUAAUAAUAGAAUCAGCGGUUCUUUGUACCUGAAAAUGGGGAGUGGUAUAUCUCUGUGUUGCAGAUCUAACCGGACCCCGCUCGUAGAAUCAACCAGAAGUAAAUCAUGUAAACCAAGUUCAUUAAGCAUUAUGGAUGCAGGGACUGGCUACACAGAUCAGCCGAAUGAAGAUGGUGAAAUAACUGACGAUUUCGAAAAAGAACUGCAACAGCUAAACGAUGAGACACUUAGAGCGGAGGACAUGUCCCCUCCACCAACCUUGGACGACUCGAUGUCUGAUAAUGACACUUCGGUAACGAAGAUUGCGGCCAUUGUAACCUCGAAGGCGCGAGAAUCACCACAAAACGCAAUCUCUACGCCCAUAAGCCGGACGAACAGCGAUGGAGCAAUGGAAAUCCCUAAUAGUCCGGAAAAUACUGAAGAAGCCAUCGAUGCGUUUGCUAAUGAAACAUUUCAAGAAAAUGCCCUUGAUUCGAAUGUAGAUGCAUUGCCGGAUUCCGUUACGGAAGUAUUUGAUGAUGGACAACCUGAAGUGGCACAGUCCACCCCUGAAGAGCAUGUAGAAGAACACCCCGCAGAAGGGACCCCGACCACCCCAACAGAAGAGACCACUGAUGACCCACAAAUGCCAGCGGAUUCCAAUUGCACCGAAGAAACUGAGCAUCUUGAACCACAGGAGUUGGUCGUCGAGGAAGAAGCUACAGAAAAUGAAUUGCAAGAAAAUAUCGAAGACGACAAACCACAAGAAAUCGUCGAAAAUGAAUUAGAAACCGAUGGAACUGAGAAUGAUCUGUUACAUGAAAAAGCAGAGGAAGACGAACAAACAUCUGCUGAAAUGGUGGACGUUGUUGAUUCGUCCCUACUCCAAGUAGGAGAGGAAAUGGCAGUAAGUCUAAACGAUGAACUUUUGAAUUCACCCCCAUUGGAAGAUACAGAUGAAAAAGAGAUUAUAGCUGAUGGCAUAGAAAAUUCAGAGAUUGUGACGAAUCACAUCGAAGAAUCAGAAAGUGCAGCAAUUGAACCUACAAAUUUGGUAGAAAACAUUGACACACCGGAUGCCGCCAAUUUACCAAUAGAUGCGGAUAGUCUGGAAGAAACCGUUCAACUUGAACCAAGUGAGAUAGUUGUAGAGGGUGAAACUGGAGAAGUUGAACUGCAAGAGUAUAUCGAUGAAGACAAACCUCAGGAAAUUGAAGGGAAUGAAUCAGAGACGACCGAUGGAGUUGAGAUAGAUCAAUCAAAUGAAAACGCAGAGGAAAACGAACAAACACCUGCCGAUGUAGUGGACAUCGUCGAUCCGUCAAUGGCCCAAGAAGAAGGGGAAACAACAGUUAACGAGGAAGUUCUGAAUUCGUUUUCGUUGCAAGAUUGUUCCGAAGAAAGAGAAGCGGGAGCUGAAAACGUCGAAAGUCAAGAGAUUCUCGCAAAUCAGCUUGACGAAGAAUCAGAUAAUGCAGCAGACACAUCAACAGAUUUGCCAGAACACAGCAAUGACGAACAGCAGCAUGAGAGCGGCCAUGUCCCUGAAAUGAAUAUUCGCUUACCUCGUUCAACGGAUUUUAUUGAUAUGGAACAAGAUUUCCCUGUUCAAAUGGAUGAAAAUAAUCAUCUAGAUAUAGAAGAUAUCGGAUCAAGUAGCGUCGUCAACCUAGAAGAUGAGCUAUCUGUUGCACAAGAGCAUUACCAGGAGGCUACGCAGAUCGAAAAUUCAGAUCUUGGAGAACAGAUUCAAGAAGAAAACGAGGCGAUUGAAGUUGGUGAAAACCUGGGGGGCAAUGACAAUUUUAUUGAAGAAAAUGAAAACGAAAAACUUGAUGAAUCGGAGGUUUUUGCCAUUUCUGAUGUCGUUGAUGAACAGUCUAGUCAACUCGAGAAUAUUGAAGAGAUUCUGCCUGAAGUUGAUAGUGAAGAUGUGCCAAACGAUAAUGAUCUUCAUCAGGAUGCGUCAUUCACAGAAGAGCAAUCAUUACUAAGCCCCGCAAACGAAAAUAGCCCUUUUGAAGUAGAAAAUACAGAACAAAACAUUUGUGAAGCUUCAGACGACAUCGUGUUGGCUGACGAAAACGCCGAUCCAGAUAAUAUGCCUGAGCAAGAUGAUGAGCUAAAUGCGGAAAAUGUAACGGACAGUGAAUCGGUGAUAAAAGAGGAACCUGAAGCUGAGACAAAUGAAACGACAAGUCACGUAAUCUGUGCUGAUACGCAAGAAGACGGCAAUUUGCAAAGUGAAUUGGACAAUGAAAAACCUAGUCCUGAUUUAAAGGAAAAUGGUUUUUCAGACGAAGAUCUUAAUGAGCUUUUGGGUGAGGGUGACAAAGAAGUGUCAAACGAUGACGAGGAAGAGAUAUGGAGUAAGUUACAGAAAGACCUCCAGUUGGAAGAAGAAGAACAGCGAAACCUAGCAGCAAUAAAAAUCCAGUCAACAUUUCGGGGAUACCAGAGCCGUAAAGAAUUUAAUGAAAUGUUACAAAAUAAAAAUGAGACUGAAGACGAAACAGAUCUUGUCACCGAUACUGUCGAAAAUGUUCCUGAAGACGAAACAGAUCUUGUCACCGAUACUGUCGAAAAUGUUCCUGAAGAUCAGCCAUCAAUUCAUUCACCAGAAGAAGAAUCGUUAGAAAAUAAUGAUGACGACAAAGAGUUAACGGGAGCUUUGGCAAGCGUAACAGAAAGUAUUGCUACAAUUGCUUUGAUUAUGACUGACACUCCUCAGCACGACCCUCCAUUAUUUUCUAUAGGUGAAGAACAUAACGAUGACGAACCAGAUGGCAACUUUGGAAGCGAGAAUGUCGUAGAUACGAUUGACGAAUUUCUUUCUAAUCAGAGAGAAGUAAAUGACGUUACUGAAGAACCAAUGUCAAAUGGAGAAGAAAUUCGUGAUAUUCAGCUCAUUGAAUCCUACGUGAUUACAUCAUCAGUAGCAGAUAAUUCUGCUAGUCCAGAAUCCCAAGAAGCCAUAAUAAAUUUAGAAAACAGCCAAGAAAAUGGAUCAGUUUCGGUGAAGGAUAACGAUGAUAGCGCCAAGGAAACAGGCGAUCCAGAAACUGAAGCCGUAGCUUCGGAUCCUGGUGUUGUUUUCGAGCUUUAUGUGGAAUCACACGAAACAACGAACGAUGGCUUGUUGGAAUCGUAUUGCCCACAGAGAGAAGAUCCGCCAAGAGACGUGAAAUGUAUCAAAGUUAACCAAAUCAACAGCGAUGCAGCUGAACUUCUGGAUAAAAUAACGCCCCGUAACACCAACGGAUCUAUUCAUCAAAAUCAAUUAGAUCCUUGUCUGCUUGAAAGGGAGAAUCUUGCAGCUACUAAAAUUCAAGCAGGUUACCGUGGACAUCAAGAUCGUAAAAGAGUUCAGUAUUUAAAGCAUCACAAGAUUGAAAAUGUUUCCUCAACAGGAAUUGACAUAGACAAACAAGAAGAACUUGAGAAUGCUGCUGCCACUAAAAUCCAGGCCGGUUUCCGCGGACAUCAAGAUCGAAAACGAAUCCACAAUGCAAAAUGUCUCGCUGCUGGGACUGGUGGAACUGUAGAUCUGCAGACGAAUUUUAACAUUGUACACGAAGAAUACCAGUUCAAUCAUGAAGAGUCUAUUCAACAAAUUAAACCAGAUCCAUGUUUAAUAGAACUACAGAAUGAGGCCGCAACGAAAAUCCAGGCCGGCUUUCGAGGACAUCGAGAUCGAAAGCGGAUAAAAGACUUAAAAGGUCCUAUUGUUGAUCAUAAUGUGAACGGGAAAAACAACAGCAGCUUUCCCCAAGAAAAUCUCGUAUCCGAUGAUGAGGAAUAUUUCGAUGAAACGGGAACAAGCCCAAGUACGAUGGAUUUACAAAAUGCUGCAGCAACUAAAAUCCAAGCUGGAUUUCGGGGACAACAAGACCGAAAACGAGUUAAGCAUAUGCAACAUCGUAUCGCGGAAAAGGAUGUCGUCGAAAGUGACACGCUGCAGUGUAUGGAUACCAAUUAUGCCCCUGAACGAUCGAAUGAGGAGCAAAGUAACAAAAACCUAUGCUUGAUGGAAAGAGAAAACGCUGCAGCUACAACAAUUCAAGCCAGUUUUCGAGGUCACCAAGCUCGAAAACGAGUAAACAAUUUGCAGCGUCCCUUUACUGGAAACGAUGGUAUCGAAAAUGGUAGUUCGCAGUCUACGGAUACUAUUUAUGAGCCUGACCAAUCGAAUGUUGAACAAAGUCGCCAAAAUCUAUGCUUGAAAGAACUGGAAAAUGCUGCAGCGACAAAAAUUCAAGCCAGUUUUCGUGGAUAUCAAGACCGAAAAAACACAAAACAUUUAAAAAAGCCUGCCAAAACCAAGGAUUUAAUAAACAAUAGGGAAACAAAUUUUGUCGAUGAAGAUUGCUUGUUUGAUGGCGACGAAUUCAUUCAAAACAGUAAAGGGAACCCACUUGAAAAGGAAAACAUUGCGGCGACUAAAAUACAAGCUGGAUUUCGAGGUCAUCAAGAUAGAAAACGAGUAAAACAUUUGAAAGAUUCCAUUAUUAAAAGCGAAAUCAUUCAUAGCGGUAGCGCUAAUUAUGACGAUGAAGAAGCUUCACUUUUGGAUUACGAUCAAUCCGCAGAAGCAAUUCAGUUUGAACUAGAAAACAGUGCAGCCACGAAAAUUCAAGCCGGUUUCCGAGAACAUCAAGAUCGAAAACGAGUAAAAAAUUUGCAUAAUCGUAUUACUGAAAAUGAUAGGGCGGAAUGGAUGGAUGGCCUUUCUGACCCUGAACAGUUAAACGCCGAACAAAGUCAUCAAAAUCAAUGUUUAAAUGAACUGGAAAACGCUGCAGCAACUAAAAUUCAAGCCGGUUUUCGUGGAUACCAAGAUCGCAAAAACAUAAAACAUUUAAAACAAGAGGCCACUUCAAAAGAUUUUGUCAACAAAAAGGAAACUAACUUUGUCGAAGAAAAUAGCUUGCCGUUUGAUCAAGAUGAAUUCAUUCAGUAUGGUGAACGAAACCCACUUGAUAAAGAAAACAUUGCGGCGACUAAAAUACAAGCUGGAUUUCGGGGACACCAAGACAGAAAACGGGUAAAAUGUUUAAAAGACUCCAUUAUUAAAAGCGAAACCAUUGACAGCGACGGCGCCAGUUACACCGAAGACGCUUCGAUCUUGGAUUACGAUCCGUCCGCAGAGGCGAUUCAGUUUGAACUAGAAAACAGUGCAGCCACAAAAAUUCAAGCCGGUUUUCGUGGACACCAAGAUCGGAAACGAGUAAAACAUUUGCAACAUCACUCUUCUGAAAAUGAUGUCGACAGCGGUAGGAGGGCGGAAUUUGUGGAUGCCAUGUCUGAUCCUGACCAGUCAAACGCUGACCAAAGUCACCCAAAUCUAUGCUUAAAUGAGCUCGAAAAUGCAGCAGCAACUAAAAUUCAAGCCGGUUUUCGUGGAUAUCAAGGUCGAAAAAAUCUAAAAAAAGAGGCCAAAACAAACGAUUUAAUCAACAUAAAGGAAACAAACUUUAUCGAGGAUGUCAAUGGUAUUCAAGAUGGUGAACAAAACUCACUUGACAAAGAAAAUUUUGCAGCAACCAAAAUACAAGCUGGAUUUCGGGGACACCAAGACAGAAAACGGGUGAAAUAUUUAAAAGACUCCAGAACUAGAAGCGAAAUUAUCGAUAGUGACAGCGCUUGUUGCAACGAAGAAGCUUCGCUUUUGGAUUAUGAUCAAUCAACAGAAGCAAUUCAAGUUGAACAGCAAAACGCUGCAGCAACAAAAAUACAAGCUGGAUUUCGUGGACAUCAAGAUCGAAAACGAGUAAAAAAUUUAAAAAUUUCUACUGAUUUAGGUGAAUAAUUCUUACCUGCGGAAGACAAAGAGCUGACUGAUGGCUAUGUAUUUAAAGUGUUAAAUAUUAUACGCAUAGAUUAAGACACGCAAUACAGAACACGUAGAAGGUAUAACGUAGAAUCACCUGUGUAGGUUGCGCACCGUGCCAAUAUUUUAGUGGCUGAAGUCGCCAGAUUCGGCACAGUCAUUCCAUCGAUUAAUAGCUUACGUCUAAAUAUCGUGCUGACGUCUACGUGCUGAAUAUCUAUAACGAUUUAGUUAAAACUUCUUUGUUACUAUAUUAUCAAUGCAAUUGAAUACUAAAGAAUAUGUUUCAAAUAUUCAUACUCAUAGGUCUAGGCCUACCAUUAUUCUAGCCUUGCGGUAAGACAUGUGGGAAUUUAUGCUUUAACAGAAUUACUACGAAUACUAAAUCUCAAGUAAUUUAUAUGAGAAAAGGAAACUUUUGAAUUGAUGCUGAAAGUAGCUCUGUAUAAGAUUUGAAAGGCAGUGGUGUUAAGGAAUAAACAUGAAUACACAUGCAACGUAAACGAUA